UGACGGGGGUUCUGGUCCCAGUUCGCAGGGGUUAGACAAUAAGAAUCUAUUCUAAACAGAUGAAAUUUAUCUCGCUGUGUGAUUUCAAGCAGCGGACACUGACGCUUAUACAACUGUUACAGUUUUGAGUUUUGAACUUAAAACAUUUCUUGUUUUGAUCACUUAUCAUCACUUACAUAAAUCAUAGAUCACAGAAAGAGUUUCUGACUCUUUAGCAAGGAAAUGGUGAUGGAGAAGCCCAGUCCCCUGCUGGUAGGGCGGGAGUUCGUAAGACAGUAUUACACACUGCUCAAUAAAGCACCAGACUUUCUGCAUAGAUUUUAUGGGAGAAACUCAUCUUAUGUCCACGGUGGACUGGAUUCAAAUGGGCAGCUGUCAGAGGCAGUGUAUGGACAAGCUGAGAUACAUAAGAAGGUAAUGUCCCUGCAAUUCAGUGAGUGUCACACAAAAAUCCGACAUGUGGAUGCCCAUGCCACUCUGAACGAUGGUGUGGUUGUCCAGGUAAUGGGAGAACUUUCCAAUAGUGGACAACCUAUGCGGAAGUUCCUACAGACAUUUGUGCUGGCCCCAGAGGGUUCUGUGGCAAACAAAUUUUACGUUCACAAUGACAUCUUUCGAUAUGAGGAUGAAGUUUUUGGGGACUCUGAGGCUGAAAUUGAUGAAGAGUCAGAAGAAGAGAUUGAUGAGCAGGAAGACAGGCAACCAUCACCUGAACCUCUCCAGGAGAGUCCUAGUAACGCUAACUACUAUGAAACACAUCCUGUGAGCUGUAGCAAUGGUGUUGAAGAAGCACAUGAGGAGCCAGGAAUGGAAUCAGAGUCUGAAGUUUCACAGGAACCCAAGCCUGAGGAGCUUAAGGUUGAGGAGAAAAUUCUAGAGGAGUUUGAGGAGAAGGCACCAUCACCAGUUCCAGUGGUAACCCCACCUCACGUACAGGAGCCACCUAAGACUUUCUCUUGGGCCUCUGUGACCAGCAAAAAUUUGCCUCUUAGUGGGACUGUUCCAUCCUCUGGAAGUUCACCCCAUGUUGUUAAAGCACCAAACUCACAGCCCAGACUUGAGACCAAGCUUGACGCGUCACCAGCUUUAAUUCAUCCAUGUGACCAGCGUGUCCGUGACAGACCCUUUGUAAACUUAAGAGGGCCUAGAUCUGAUGGCAUCUCGGAAUCUCAAACUGGAAAACCACAUUUCAGCUUCGUAAAUAAAGGGAGAGGUGAUGAGUCGAGUGAGAUUGACAACAGAAGGCUCUUCCGGUAUCCAGAUAGUCAUCAGCUAUUUGUUGGAAAUCUUCCUCAUGACAUUGAUGAGAGUGAACUCAAAGACUUCUUUAUGACAUUUGGAAAUGUUGUUGAGUUACGAAUUAACACCAAGGGCACUGGAGGAAAGAUACCCAACUUUGGCUUUGUUGUCUUUGAUGAUUCGGAACCGGUGCAAAGAAUUUUAGGAAUCAAACCCAUUAUGUUCCGUGGUGAUGUGCGUCUCAACGUGGAGGAAAAAAAGACGAGGGCCAUGCGUGAACGGGAAACUCGUAGUGGAGAGGAUCGGAGGGACGCAAGGCGUAAUGAUCGUGGUGCAGGUGGACCGCGUGGCAUUGCCAGAGGUGGUAUGAUACGAGACCGUGAUGGCAGGGGUCCACCGUCGCGAGGUGCCGCUGUACCUAAACCAGGCGCGGGUACUAGUAGAGGCGCUGGUCUGAGUGAGGGUCGUUUUACUGCUCCACGGCGUUGAAUAGAGUUCCACCUUUAGUUUGGAAAUGGUACAAUGUCCAUUAAUUACAAUUGAAAUCAAUGUAAAAACAUAUACACUUUUGUCCUUUUAUUUUCUUUAAGAUUUUAUACCUUUUUGUAUUUGGAAUUUCUGCUGCUCAUGUGAAACAGAUACAUGACUUGAGUAACACAUUGGCUCAACAUAUAUUAUGUUUUUCACUUUAAAACUGUACUGUAAAUCCUUUGGUCUGUGAUUUAUCAAAUGGUUGCAAUUACAACAUUUUGGGGGAAGUUAGAUCAGUUAGAUUUGGUUUUUAUAGUUUUAAGUUUAACCUCUGCUGUGACAUUUUUGUACUUGAUUUACUUUCUAGUUACUAUUGCUGAAAAUUGAUUGAAAGAUGGCGUUUAGAAUAUAUUUUUAGUUGUUUUUAUUUUGUUUGUCUAGCCUUCAAAUAAAUUGAUUGAGGAAAUUACAAAAAGUGGUUGUGAGCUAAAAGUACUUAAUUUGACUCCGUGAAAAAGAAUCUGUGAUCAUGAAGAAACUUUUAUGAGGACCGAAAAUACAAUAACGUCUCCAUAAUUUUCUUUUUAUAUUUUAAAUAUACAUAUUUUUGUUUCAAAUAUGCCUAAAAAUCCAAGUGCAUGAAGCAGUAGUUGAAAAAUUGUAAAGUGAAAAAGUUUCAUGAUUUUUGUGAAUGGGAAAUUUGAGUUUAUGCUGAAUGUUUUUUCUAAAGGCAAAGUCACUUUAUGAUCAUUAAGUUUCAUAACAAUAAUGUUUUUGUGAUACAAGUUUAAUUCUAAACCUUUUUUAAGGACGUGGCAGUGCCAUACAUAGUGCAGAGAAGCUUUGCUGGUGAAUGUAUGACCUUCCCAAAUUAAUUGGUUUUGAGUUCUGCAUCGUUUGGUGAUGAUAUAAUUUUUAUAAUCAUUUUCUCUGUGUUUGAUUAUAAAAGGAGGUUGCCAAAAUGUUAAAGUCUUUUCUAGACAGACAUGAGAGAUAUAUCUUGUUAAAAGCUAUUUAAACAGAAUAGAAAUGUAUGUCAUCCAUAUAUACACAACGUAAUGUUUUUCUGCUGUGUAAUUUUUUUAUCUGUUUGUUGACAUCCACAUCUAUUGUAUAUCUUUGUGAUUCAAAAAUGUUGUAUGUUGGAGAAACAUUUAUUGCAGUUGGCACUGCUGUCAUUUUGCAGUUGUACUCAGUCUAAUACUUGCACUGAUUUGAGAUGUAGCGCUAUUUUUGAUGUUUAUUGUCUUCCGUGUUAGGUAGAUUGCACUCUUUGCAAUAUUUCUUGGACAAUCCUCAUCAGGGACAUUGCAUUGACUUUUCUUUUAGUUUUUUAAGACUUGUUUUCUUCUCAAAAUUUAGGUUGCAGAUAUACAUGGAAGGUUCUGAAGAUAGUAUGUUGGUACUGUACGUCCUUCCUAGAGACUCUUUCCCCAUGUUGACAACCUAGCUCUUGUUUUAUGUUUGGACCUGGUUGAUUAGAAUAACUGUGUAAAUAAAUGCCACAAUGGCCUUUCUAUUUAGACUUACAGCACUUCAAUCAGCCAAAUACUUUGAAAGAGAAAUAAGAAAUCACAUCAUACGGCUUGGUCUCAUAACUGUGCUUUUUAACGCUGAAUAUGCAUCUGACUUAAAUUCAGUUUUUUUUACAUAUGAUUUAAACAAUUCUCUUACAAAUAAAUCUGUAUGCUACUGUAAAAAUGGUCAGGUUUUUUUCAUCCAGAUAAUAGGUUUACAUUUUUAGAUGUUAUGUAAUUUUCUAUUUAAGUGGACAAAGAACAUAAGCUUUUUGUACUGUUGUUGUAUUUUUAUUUCAGUUUCAGCUCUGAGUGUGUUAUAUGUGACAAUAAACAAAUUUGUGCAGUU